AUGUGUACAAAAUAAAAAAGGUUUUAACAUAUGAAGAGAAACAGAGAAAACAUGGAGAUUGUAUGGCAAACUCCGGCCAAUCCACCGGAGCGCCAUGACUAUAUCUUCCGUAACGGUAUUCGAUACGUUAAACCCUACUACUUCGAAUUCAUUUCUCAUGCUAAGAAUCGAUGGGCCGGGAAGACGAUUGUCGAUUUGUUUGCGGAUGAAUUCAAAGGUCGAAAGCGUGAUUAUUAUGAUUCUGCUGUUAAGUCUGGUCGCAUACAAGUCGAUGGAAAGACAGUGCCUGUUUCAUACAUAGUUCAGUCAUCACAAAAAAUUAGUCAUUUCUUACAUAGGCAUGAACCCCCAGUGAUGGCUUUGGAUGUUACAAUUCUGCAUAAAGGAGAAGAUGUUCUAACGGUUUGUAAGCCUGCAUCGGUUCCAGUGCAUCCAUGUGGUCAAUAUCGUAAGAAUACAGUUGUUGGUAUUCUUCAGGCAGAACAUGACUUGGCACCUCUCUUUCCUAUUCACCGGCUAGAUCGAUUGGUCUCGGGACUUCUUAUUCUUGCCAGAAGUGCUUCUCAAGCUGAGAUUUUCAGACAACAGAUUGAAUCUGGGAUGGUACAGAAACAAUAUAUUGCGAAAGUCGUUGGGGAAUUUCCUGAGGAGGAGCAAGUUGUCAAUCUUAGGGUAAAUUUCAAUGCUCGAGAAGGAAGGAGUUCAGUAGAGGCAGAGGACACAGAUGAAAAGGCCAAGAGUACUUUAAACGGGAAGGCUGCAUGUACAAAGUUUACCAGGAUUUCUACAAAUGGAAAAUUUAGUAUUGUAUCAUGUCAUCCCAUCACCGGAAGAACUCAUCAAAUUCGUGUACACCUGCAAUCAAUGGGUCACCCAAUAGCCAACGACAUGCUCUACCUUACUGAUUAUGCUGAUAGUAGUAGCUCUAGGAGAGCAUUUACUGCUCAUAAAACCACAGUCAAGUCAAACCAUCCGUUGCAAGUCAACUCUGAUGAUUGCACUUCUGCGCCUGAAGAUUCUACUGAAGAUUUUGACAUUGAUCCAAUGUGCACAAAUUGCCCAAACUUGGCUCCUAUAGGAUACGAUGGCAGUGAAGAAGGUUUGUGGCUUCAUUGUGUGCGAUACAGUGGACCUAAUUGGGUCUACGAAUGUCCAUAUCCAAACUGGGCGUUUUUAACUUAAAUCUUUUCGAAUGUGGCUCCAAAUUUUGAUUUGACAUCAGUACCAAUUCGAAGACAACUUUUAUUGAUGUAGAGUAUGGUACUACUGUAACGCAACAAGUUACAAACAACUGUAAUAUGACAGUUAUAGACUCCUGGAGUAGAACUUUUCUUCAAAGGGUACAUUAGUUUCA